CAGUGCGCAUGCUCGGACAUGGCAGCUGCCAUUGGGAAGCUCCACAGAGCUCCCAGUAAUGAUACUACUUAUUUAGAGAAAUAAAACGUGCGUUUGCUGAACUGACAGAUGUCGUGUUUCACUGUCAGAACCAUGAAGGAGUAAAACCUCGGCAGCGGGAGAGAUUGUGAUCUAAUCUGGAUGGAACCGACGGGUCUACGAGACGUUUUCAAAUGUAUAAACAUAUCCAUUGCAGCAAUGGAGGAUAUUGGUUUCCAUCCCAAAGCCAUCAGUGAUGUCCCUGUUACCAGAGUCACUGAGACUUUUGGGCUGCACCACAUCCCAGCAGAUCGUCUGCACAUCACGGAUGCUCGCAGGAAAUCUGACGCCUACAAAGAUGGUUCAUCCAGAAAAAGGUCCCACUCAGUAAUGAAAGCAGAGCCACAGAUGAUCCCACAGUUUCCUCUACAGAUUGUGGUUGCUGACACUACCAAAAAAGGAAACACUAGUAUGGAUAAGUCAAAAGCCAGGCAGGCGAAAGCUCAAUACCAAAUUUUCUGAUCCAUCCAAGUGGAAGCAAAACGAGCAGAAACAGCUGAGGAUGGAGGGUAAAUCAUAUGUGAGCAAACGCAAAAAAGAUGGCGAGUUCGUAAUAAAACAGCCAAGAUCAAUCGGACCACGAUGCACCUCAAAUGCAUGUAAAAAGGCAUCAAAUCGACUUUGUAAUGAAAUCAACGAGGAAGCCAGGAAGAAAGUGUUUGACAAAUUCUGGCAGCACAUGAACUGGGCUCAGAGAAAACUGUAUGUAACAGAACAAGUGGACCGCGACCCCGUGGAAAGAUCUCGGGCCGUUGGAAUGCAGUCGAGAAGAUCAGUUUCUCUGCGUUACCACUUGAUGUUGGAUGGAAAAAGGCAACAAGUGUGUAAAAACAUGUUCCUGUCCACUCUGGGGAUAGGCGAGUGGUCUGUGCUCAACUGGACACAGAAAGAAGAACUAACAAACAAUGAAUCAAAUGAAGAGAAAUUAGAGAAGAGCCAGACUGUCCCUCAGUGCCCACAACAGAACCUUGCUCCUCCUGCAGUCAAUAAUUCUGCAGAAGUUUCCCAGGAACAAGUGAAUGCCGCUGACAGAGACAGGCAGCCAGAACCAGAGGGGUCAGACAGAAAGAAAUCCAGAGUUGCAAAGCCGCUAACGUGGAAGCAGAAUCGACAGAAGCAACUCAGGAUGGAGGGCAAACCGUACAUCAGCAAACGAAAGAAAGACGGCACCACCAUAACUAAAGGUCAGAGGACAAUAGGAUCGAGAUGCUCGUCCACUGCGUGCAAAAGGGCAUCCAACCGCUUCUGUGCUGACUUCAGUGAAGAAGGGAGGAACCAGCUGUUCACUAGUUUUUGGCAGUGUAUGACGUGGCCUCAGAGAAAGGUCUAUGUGUCCAGGUUAGUCGACUGCGACCCGGUGGAAAGAACACGAGCACCGUGGACUCAGUCGAGAAGGUCUGUCUCGAUGCGAUAUCAUUUGAUAUCCGACGGCGACAGAAAACAAGUUUGCAAAAAGAUGUUCCUCUCCACUUUGGGGAUUGGAGAGUGGUCAGUGCUUAACUGGGCACAUCAUAUAGCCCAACAGGACAAUUCAGAGCAAAUAACUAAGCAACAAACUCAAAGGAAAUCCCGUAAAGCGUCUGAGCAUAUAAUCCUGAAUGAGUUCCUUCAGAGUUUACCAAAAGUUCCCUCAUACUGUUGUGGGACGUCUGUCUCCAAACUGUAUCUGGAGCCGGUUUUCUCAAACAUGUCUGAGGUGUACAGGCACUAUUACAACCACUGCUCAGAGAGGAAGACCACAGCGCUCUCUCGGCAGGUGUUCUGCGCUGUAUUUAAAAAGAUGGAUUUGAGGUUGUGUGAAUCCAAAAGGGAUCAAGGCUGUUCGUUCGGUGCGACUGGUAAUUUGUUUAAUGAGCUCUGGGAGGAAUACUGCUUGGAGAGAGGAGGGCCACAUCCAGAGAAAGCUUGUGAUCCAGUAGAGAAGUGGCAGGAAGUUGUCCAGAUAUCCGCAGGGCCUCUGAAAAAAAGGCGAGUGAACAAAGUGGGCUGGGUGGUGGUGUUGGAAGGUGUUGGUGGUGGCGGCUGUGAUGGGAAUGAGCAGCUUUACUCCGAGUUAACUGUUGGUUGUGAACAGCAGGACUGCAGCUACACCACAGAGCUACAGAUUAACAACAGUGUAAAACGCUGCGGGUCAGAGGAAGAAGAUCAGAGGCAGGUUAGCAAACAGCUGGACUGGACUGCUGGUUCUCUGAGCGGAGGAGAAAAGGCCCGCAGCUGCUGAACAACCUGAAGAUGUUUGUCCUGAGGACGUUUGUUCUGCUGGGACUGAGCUGGAUAUCUCAAGCUGCGUCUGGUGAUCCGUGGGGUCAGUGUCCUGUCAACAGAAAGUGUAAAGACAAGUUUGGAGACGGGUCAUGUGACAGAGAGUGUAUGGAGCCUGAGUGUCUCAAAGACGGCUUCGACUGCCUGAAGGAUCGUGGACACUGCAAUCCGGGUCAUAUCCAGUACUGUCGCGAUCACUACGCCAACUCCCACUGCGAGCAGGGCUGUGACAGCGCCCCCUGUGGAUGGGAUGGCAGCGACUGCUUCAAACACGAGAGAUCUUUGUGGGCCAAAGGCACCGUGGUCCUUCACGCCAACUUCCCACAACAACGUGGGGCCUUCUCCAACAGCUCCCUGCUCUGGGCGCUCAGUGUCCUCCUCCAGUCGCCAUUAACACUGAGAGGGUCCGCCCCCCUCGCUGCUAACAGGAACUUGUUUGACAUUGACCCUAAUAAGCUCUCCAACCUACUGACUCAGGCUCCUGUGGCUGAUGCUGAUGGCUCCCUCCUUUUCCUCCAAGUGGACAACAGGCCAUGCUCCCGUCUGUCCUCUACCUGUUUCCCCUAUGCCACAGAGGCAGCCAGUUUCCUGCGUGCCGUAAUGUUGCGAAAGCCGAGCUUGUUCCCCACCCUACCAGAGCUGAAAGCCGUCAUCAGUAUAAGAGGUGUCCAAGAGGAAAUAGGAAGCAGAGAGAAGAAAGUGGUUAAAGAGGAAGUCAAAGAGCCGACCCCGACAUGGCUGUGGGCUGUAAUUGCUGUAGCGAUUGGCCUGCUGCUGGUGCUGGCCCUAGCGUUGUUUCUGGUGGUGAGGAAGGUGAGGCAGCGCCGAGCGGAGAGGGAAGGCGGUAACAGGGUAACACACCGGUCGACACUCACAGACAAUGACCAAAAACCCAAGGCCUUGUCCCCGCAUGGAUCCCACCAGGAGCAGAGGUUGAGAUCCAGCAGAGAGAAAGAGAAGGUCAGCUUGAGGAAGAAGAAGAAAGCGAAGGAAGCUGAGAAAAAAAGAAGGAGGGAGCCGCUGGGGGAGGAUGCCAUUCGAAUGCGACCUCUCAAAAGGGACCAGGAUAUAGGAAGUGACACAGAUUUUACCCAGAGCUCCAUGGAAGACAUCAACGCGAGAUGCUCCAGGCGACAGGAAGACGCCCCCAUCUAUGACCAUAGGAGCCAGGAGCAGAAACACUACCGGCCGGGAACAUCGCAGCCCCGCAGACCUGUGCAACCUCCACCUAGAGGAUGGGAGAGAAACGCCAUCCCUCCCCCUCUGCUCAGUCCUCCUCAGCAGUCUGCAGAAUGGUGUGGUCCGGACGGUUCGGUUGUUCUGAUCCGAGCGGUGCGUAGCGGGCUGGACAGAGUCGUUCUGGAGCUGCUGCGAGCAGGAGUGCCCGUAAACAACACUGAUCAUACCGGGAGAUCAGCCCUGCACUGGGCGUGCUCAGUGAACCACCUCUCCCUCACAAGGACCCUCAUCCGUUACGGGUCCGCUGUGGACCUGCAAGACAACAAGGGCGAGACGGCGCUCUUCCUCUCUGCCAUCCAUGGUUGCUAUGAUACGGCCAGACUCCUCCUCCUACACGGUGCCAACCUUGAGCUGCGCGAUCGUAGAGGGCGUCGUCCGAUCGACGUGGCCAGAGAGGGCAUUCAUCACCAGGUCCUGGAGCUCCUAUUGGCUCACCAGAUUCAAAGAGGGCCUGUUCCUGUGGACGCGACUAAUGAAAUGCUGUGGGAGGAGCGCACUCUGAUGUACUCGCCGUGGGUCGGAUCACAGGGCAUACCUGGAAGAAGUGCUUCCUUCUCCGGGAUCAUAGCGCAUCGAGAUAUGACCCCACCUCCACAGAAUGAUUGGUCGAUGGGCCGGGUGCAGUACCCCUCUCCUCAGCACUGGCGACCACAGCUCAAUCAAUCAGCAACAGCGCUGGUCCCUCCAAGAAUCAUGGGCCGCUCUCCUCGGCCAAUCAGCACCUUACAAGAGGUGACCUCAGAAGACGAGGAUCGUGAUAGGAACCAGGAAGUCCCCAGAGCUGCAACACCUCACUUCCUGUCACCCCAGCCUGCGCCUCGGCAACGUUCCUUUUCCUGCACGCAGCAUGCAUUGCAGCGUCGCUCCAGUGGCCACCAGCCAGAGCCCAAUUACAUUAUCGUUACAGACAGAACAGCCAAUGAGCCCGUAGAAAGAGUUGUUGUUUCACCACCCACAAAUGUUGCCAACCAAUCAGAUCGCCCGCCCGUAAACGGUGACAAUCCCAGAAGAGCAGAGCAACCAGCGGUAGGUUCAACAAAUCCAGAGCAGAAAUCCAGAGGUGAGAGGUUAAACAACGCUGACUCCACACAAACAGCCUUGUAGACAACCCAGAUACACAUCCUGCUGCCUUUCCAUUCAGCCCCUUAGAAAAGCAUUGAAGAUAAUGACAAUGAAGUAGUAUUGACAAAGAGGCACUGAGUUUUAGUUUGGUAUUUGGUGUAUUUUGUGCCAUCAAGGAGACCUGGAAGAGACCGCAAUCUGCAGGGAGUCCAACCUUUAUUUACUCUUGUAAAUUUAUGACUUUAUUAUCCAAUAUGCAACUGUUGGGUAUCGUCUGAAUGAUUUGCUUGUUCGAUUACUUUUCAUUCCUGUCAAACUAAUACACAGCAGCACUUCUUACUUAAAUCACCACCCCAGUUUUCACUCGGCCUUGUUUAAAUUAUUAUUAUUACAUUUUUUACUAGGGAGGAGGACUUUGUUUUUUGUAAAUAUUAUGUUACAAGAGCUGUCAAAUAGGUAAUAAAAACAUUUCUGAGAUGAAAACCAGUCAAACGCAAUGAACAUCAAUGAGAAUGCAACUUCUUGGGAAUCUUGCUGACAAAUGUUGUAAUAUGUACAUAUUGUCUUUACAUCAAACAGGUUGUAUUUUUAUUAUUGCAAAGAUAGUCAAAAAGAAUCAUGGGCGUGGUUGCACAAGAAUGUGAGACCUAUGCUGAUGCAUGCAAUAAAGACUUUCCAUGCACAUUUAAAAAAAAAUUGUUGUCAGAACGUAAUUUAACUUUAAUCAUACAGUUAUCAUCUAACCCUUAGCCAACCCUUACUCAGCCUAAGUGUUUUUCUCAGUUUGAAUGACAUUAGCAACUCAUUUUUUGAAAUAACUUAUACAUUCAUACAUAACCUUAGGGUUAAACAUUUGGUACGUAGGGAAAAAAGUUUUUUUAAUUCAUUUUUUGUUUACACGUUUUUCAUUUAAAAUAUACUAAGUGGUGAUGUAUAUAUAUAUUAAGUUCGAUAAUAUAUAGAACAAGAGACAAACGGGACCUAAAAAUGAUUAAACAGCAAAUUAUAUAAGGCUGUAAUUGGACCAGACCUUUGUACCAAAUGUUUUAGAUAAAGAGACGUCAAACUCUUUCCCGUGGGAAAAGAGGAAACGGCACUGCGUUUACAGCUUUACUACGUGUUAAAACUGAUACAUGUCUGCAGAGGGUUGCACAUAGAGGAGACACUUCCCACGUUCCCACGCGCAUUGACGUUUGAAAUGCAAAUGAGUUUGAACCCGAAUGAAAACUUCGUUGUAUGAAAAACUAAAAACUGCUUUACGCAUGCUAAAAUACCUCCAUUUUUACGCCGUCAAUAGCAACUCCGGCCAGAAAAGUGAUUUAUAUUCUAAAUUAAACCUCUAUUUAAACGUUCAAAACAUUUUGAGCACUAACUGUGUAUUUUCAAGCUAGAAAUAUGACAUUAGGCACGGGAAUGUCCCAUUUUACGCAAUAUGUCAAUUCCUUUACCUUUAAUGAAAAAUGUUUUUAGCUAUAAUUUUAAGAUAUACAUAUAAUUUUAAUGGAAUGGAAGGCUUUAUUAUCUUACAUGUAUGCAUUUCAUUUUCAUAAUGUUUGACGACGUGUAUGCAUAUUAGUUUUUUUCAAAGUAAAGGAUCGAGGAUCGAACUUAUUACAUUGUGUGAAACGUCACCGCAUGGCGCCUUUCACCGUCACGUGUGGCAGCAUCAGUCCACACUUAUGCUUAUGCUCCUCAGGGCACGUGCCAGCAAAAUCAAUUCACACAUACGCAUUGUUUAAUGAUUUUUUUUGUUUAUUCGCAAAUGACAAAUAAAAUAAAUUAAGGUGCAAAAACGCUUAUCAAUAUGACACAGUUAUUAGCCUCAAAGACUAUAGCAGCACUUGG